AUGUUCGCCGUUCCAGGUUGGUCGGUUGCCAGCUCCGGCCUCGCGCAGCAAUCCGAACAACCCAGUCAGAAGGCUCAGCAGGCCAAUGGGUCGAACAAACCUAAUGAUAAAUCCAACAAACGGAAGAGAGAGGACCAUGUGACCAAGAGAAAUGUCGAUCAGAUGUACCGUCGGCACAUCGAAGCUCCGCUAAAUACACCAUGGGCCCUGAAGGCUGAGAAGAAGAAGCAGGGCCAGAAACCCAAGGGAGAAAAGCCACAGAGCCCAGCGAAGCAGGAAGAUAAACAGGAACCCAAGCAAGACCAGGAGAACGAGACUGGCGCGAACGAAGGAAAGAGGGCCAACAAGAAGCAGAAGAAGAACAAGAACAAGGACGAGCAAAAGGCCAAUGGAGAAGAGGAUAAGACCGUCUCCAAGGAUGCCUCCGCAACCACGAACUCUCUUCCUGUGGCUCCUCCCAAGACCGAAGCUAUUCUCACGCCUCUGCAGCAAGCCAUGCGCCAAAAACUGAUCUCGUCUCGUUUCCGUCACCUGAACGAAACCCUCUAUACCACUCCCUCCGCGCAAGCUCUGGAACUCUUCACCUCCAACCCCGAGCUGUUUGACGAAUACCACGCCGGCUUCUCGCGCCAGGUGAAGGAGUCCUGGCCCUCCAACCCGGUUGACGGUUACAUUGCGGCUAUUCGCAGCAGAGGGAAAGGAUCCCCUCCUAAGAGAGGAAACAAGCCGGACAACAAGAGCAGAGGUCCCCAGCCUUUGCCUCGGCGACCUAACGGAGCUUGCACGAUCGCUGACCUUGGCUGCGGUGAUGCCCAGCUCGCGCACGCCAUGAUCCCUUCGGCGAAGAAGCUGAACCUGAAGCUUUCAAGCUACGAUCUCCACGCUCCCGAGGGAUCACCCAUCACUAAGGCUGAUAUCUCCAACCUGCCCGUUGAGGACGGCUCCGUCGAUGUGGCCAUCUUCUGUCUCAGUCUGAUGGGAACCAACUGGGUCUCUUUUGUGGAAGAAGCCUGGCGGGUGCUGCGCAGUGACGGCAAGGGUGAGUGCUGGGUCAGUGAAGUCAAGAGUCGAUUCGGCAAAGUGACGCGGAAGAAGGCGCAAAUCGGCGCCCGGAAGCCGCUCAGCAAGUCGGAGAAGAAGAAACUGAAGAAGAAGCAAGAUGGCGACGACGACGGGUCGGAUGUGGAUGACGCCGACGUCUUUGCCGAGGAUGCUCAGCCCAAGCAAGACGAUGACACCGACAUUUCGACAUUUGUCGAGGUAUUCCGGAGUCGCGGUUUCAUUCUCAAGUCCGAGACCGUGGACAAGUCGAACAAGAUGUUUGUGAAGAUGGAAUUCAUCAAACAGGGCGGUGCGCCGACCAAGGGCAAAUAUGCCUCCAUCGGUGGAACCAAACCCGGUCCGGGAAAGAAGAGGUUCAUCGAGAAACCUUCGCAAGCUGCCAGCAUGUCCCCGGAGGAAGAGGCCGCGGCUCUUAAGCCCUGCGUGUAUAAAAUCCGGUAG